AUGGGCGAAGACACUGACGCCACCCCGACGCUCAACCACCGCGGCUUCCUCCCCGACCACAACUAUGUGACUGAAGCUGAUAUCAUCUCCACUGUUGAGUUCAACCACACAGGAGAGCUCCUGGCCACAGGGGACAAGGGAGGCCGAGUGGUCAUCUUUCAGAGGGAACCUGAGGUAGACUCACACUCAUGCUCCAAGUUUGAGCCAUUCUCCCAGGGUGAAUACAAUGUCUACAGCACUUUCCAGAGCCAUGAGCCCGAGUUCGACUAUCUCAAGAGUCUGGAGAUCGAGGAGAAGAUCAAUAAGAUCCGAUGGCUGCCUCAGCAGAACGCUGCACACUUCCUCCUCUCCACCAAUGAUAAGACCAUUAAGUUGUGGAAGGUGAGUGAAAGAGACAAAAGGCCGGAGGGAUACAACCUGAAGGAUGAGGAGGGUCGCAUCAAGGACAUCUCCACUGUCACCUCCCUACAGGUGCCGGUGUUGAAGCCGAUGGACUUGAUGGUGGAGGUGAGCCCGCGGCGAGUUUUUGCCAACGCCCACACCUACCACGUCAACUCCAUCUCCGUCAACUCCGACUACGAGACCUACAUGUCAGCUGACGACCUGAGGAUCAACCUCUGGCAUCUGGACAUUACCGACCGCAGCUUCAACAUUGUGGACAUCAAACCAACCAACAUGGAGGAUCUGACAGAAGUGAUCACAGCGGCUGAGUUUCACCCCCAUCAUUGUAACUUGUUUGUCUAUAGCAGCAGCAAAGGCACCCUGCGCCUCUGUGACAUGCGAGAAGCAGCGCUGUGUGACAAACACUCCAAAUUGUUUGAGGAGCCCGAGGACCCCAGCGCUCGCUCCUUCUUCUCUGAGAUUAUCUCUUCGGUGUCGGACGUCAAGUUUAGCCACAGCGGUCGCUACCUGCUCACCAGAGACUACCUGACUGCCAAAGUCUGGGACCUCAACAUGGAGAGCAAGCCCCUGGAGACAUACCAGGUUCAUGAUUACCUCCGCAGCAAGUUGUGCUCCCUUUACGAAAACGACUGCAUCUUUGACAAGUUUGAGUGUGCCUGGAACGGCUCGGACAGUGUGAUCAUGACCGGAGCCUACAACAACUUCUUCCGCAUGUUUGACCGGAACACCAAACGCGACGUGACCCUGGAAGCGUCCAGAGAGAGCAGUAAACCCCGAGCUGUCCUCAAGCCGCGGAGGGUCUGUGCCGCCGGAGGAAAGCGCCGGAAGGACGACAUCAGCGUGGACAGCUUGGACUUCACUAAGAAGAUCCUCCACACAGCCUGGCACCCGACGGAGAACAUCAUUGCCAUUGCCGCCACCAACAACCUGUACAUCUUCCAAGACAAACUCAACUCUGAGAUGCAUUAA